AUGAAAAAGGGUCCCCUGUUCCUCCUGACAUGUCUCUAUUUCAUUUUUGCAAGCAACAAAUGCAACGGGUUGAAAAUAAACAGGGCGGCGAUAACUCCAAACGUGUUGUUAAGCAUAGGGGGAAAAGGCGAAAGAAAGGCUAACACUAAGGCUAACGCUAAGACUAACGCUAACCCUAACGCCAAUAGCGGAGGGGAAAAAAACAACCCAAUCAAUGAUAACCAUAAGAAGAAAGUAAAGGAACCUGUAGGAAACAAAUUUCUUCAACUGGAACAAAACAAACGUGUAUCCAUCAACCCUUUGUUCAAUUCGCUGUGCAAAAAUGUGAGUGUCAGUGAAGCCUGCCUGUAUAAUGUGCAAGAAUUUUUUAACGAGACAAAUUACAACAAUGGGAAGAAUGAAAACCUGGGGGAUAAGAAACUCUUCUGCGGUGUCCUGUAUGGGAAGUAUGAGGAUGACUCUAUCAUAAAAAUCGAAAAUGUAUUUUUUGCAUUGAACCGCCCAGAACAAAAGUAUGACGUGGAUUACCUUCUCAAUAGCGAAGACAGGAAGAAGGCUGACGCGCUCGCAAAGCUGCUGAACUUGGAAGUGGUGGGGGUUCUUUAUGCAUACCCAGAUAUCGGGAUAGACAUAGGUGCGUCUAACCAGAAAAGAAAAAAUUUCGUAAAACUUAACAAGAAGAUAAAAACGUUAAAUGAUGAGGAAAACGAGCUGUUCAUCCCCAUGGGGGGGAGAGAGGUUCUCCUCGCGCUCACAGUGAUGAAGCACCGCGGUGACAGCACGCGGAAGAAUUUUCCCCUAGGGGCCAAGGCUGUGGCACAACCCCCAAGUGGAGUCCUCCCAAAUGGAGUACCCGCCAACGGAGCAACACCAAAUGGUGUAUCCCCCGUGGAAGCGCAAAAACAUCGACCCAAAACAUGUCGAAACCAGACACCCAAGAAGGAAAAAAAAAAAAAAAAAAAAAAGAAAAAAAAAAAAAUUCCCAACGUAAAGCCAUUCAUCACGCUAUCUGUCGGCAUGGACAAAAGCUCCAAGUCUAUAGUCGUCGAGGCGUACGAAAUAAAUUACGACCUGCUGAAGCUACUAAAUAAGGACAUUAUAAAAGACAUGCAAAAGCAAAAUAGCAUAUUACAUUUCGAAGCAAAAAAAAAUGAAAAGGACCAAAAGAUAAAAAAUUUUAACAGUGAAGUUGACCUAAUGAAUGAGUUAUACUUAAAAUGUAAGAGCGACGUUCUCAUUGAGAAAAUCCAAGUGAAGCAUAUUGAUGUCCUCUUUUGUGUAAAUAACGUUCCCAUUCUUUCUCAUAAGAGUGUCUACAAUACUUUUUUUCCUUAUCCCAACAAUAGCAACUACUACACCAUUCUCCAAAGGUUUAACUACAUGUCUAGAUCGUUACAUAAUCCAAAGGACAUGGUCAGUAUAUUUCGCGACUUUAACUUUCUCCUUUUUCUCACGAACAUUUUUUCAUUCGAGCAUGACAUCCCUCCCAUUUGUAAAGCCAUCAACGAUUCGAAUAACUCACUUGGCAUUCCUGAUCAAUACGUAAGCAUUUUGAGAAGCCUCUCCCAAAGUGCAAAUGCGCCUCAGUAA